UCACAUACACGUCACACAGCCAAACGCAAGCAGGAAAAUGACAGCUAUUUUUACUCGCUUCCUGCAGCGGUAUCACGUGACGUACACACACGCAGAGCGAGGAAUGCUGGGAGCUGUAGUGUUAAACAUGGCUGCUCCGUGAUGUCGCGGCUGCCGACAUCUCCGUAUCGCCGAGGUGAUGACUUUUUAGUCAAUUUUUAAGCUCUCUUUUCUGAAAAUCUAAGACCAGGAUGAGUCCCGUUCUGCAGACUCCUGACUCCAGACCCUACGCAAGUGCAAAAUGGGGAGGCAGUGCCCCUCCGGGCCCCGUCAGUACCCCUACUAGAUGGAAGAAGGUCUUGUAUGAACGGCAGCCUUUUCCAGAUAAUUAUGUUGAUAAGAGUUUCCUGGAGGAGCUGAGGAAGAACAUCUACGUGAGACGUUACAGCUACUGGUCCGUGGUGUUUGAGUCGGCCGUGGUCAUCCAGCAGCUGUGCAGCGUCUGCUCCUUCUCUGUCAUCUGGUGGUACAUGGACCAGGAUCUUCUCUCUCCUCAGAAGCUGUUUGGGGUUGGCGCGGCCAUAACACUGCUCGGUUACUUUCUCUUCGAUGCCGUGGACACGGGUGCAGAGCGGAAGGUGUACGGCCGGACGCGGUGGGACGACCUGAAGAGUUCCCUAGUGUUUAUAGCCUUUACUUACGGUUUCUCCCCUGUCCUAAAGACCCUGACAGAGUCGAUCAGCACAGACACCAUAUACGCCAUGUCUGUCCUUAUGCUCAUAGGGCACCUGGUCUUCUUCGAUUAUGGAGCCAACGCGGCCGUCGUCUCAAGCACCAUGUCCAUAAAUAUGGCCAUUUUCGCCUCCGUCUGUCUGGCUUCCCGCCUUCCUCGCUCCCUCCAUGCUUUUACUAUGGUGACCUUUGCCAUCCAGAUUUUCGCUCUGUUGCCCAGUCUGCAGAGAAAGCUGAGAGCGUACACUCCAUGGACCUAUAUCUGCGUGACCUUUCUGUUUGCACUGUUCUCUGUGGCCGGUCUAUGGAGUAUUUCCGCGGUCGGAGCCCUCCUCUUCUUCCUUCUUCUGGUGUCUGUGGCUUUUCUAUGCCCGUACUUUUUAAUCAGAUUACAGCUCUUCAAAGACAACAUUCACGGGCCCUGGGACGAGGCCGAGAUCAAGGAAGAUCUUUCUCGCUUUUUAGAUUAAUAUUCUCUUUUAUAUGUAUGUGUGUGUGUGUGUGUGUGUGUGUGUGUGUGUGUAUAUAUAUAUAUAAUUGUACUUUGCUUUUACAUUUAUAUAUUUAAUGGUAAAUUAACGGUUUCACUUGUUGUCAAUUUGGUAACGCUUUUA